ACCACAUAUAUAUACACACACCAUAUGUACCCUCUUUACAAAUGCAUUUGAUACAUACAAGUAGCUACACUAUAGUUAUAUAGUUGGUUAGUUAGGUCUUGGUUCUUGGUUUCUUGAUGGUGUUAAAGAAGGUUACGAUGAUGAAGGUUACUCCAUCUAAAGCUAUAGUUAUAAAAAUAAACUUGUUUUUCCUUACAUUCUUCUUAGUCGUAUAUGGUUUCCUGCUUCUUAGUCCUUCAACUUCAACAAUAUCAUCUUCUUGGUCUUAUUAUUAUGAUCAGAGUCCGGCAGCUUCUCUAAUACGUUGUUCGUUACGCGAGUGCCAUCACAAGAAGGUUGAAGAUGGACUGAAAAUGAAAGCAGUUUUAGAGGAAGAAACAGAAUCGAACAGUAGAAAGAAGAGAAAAAUGGUGAAAAGAGAGAUACCAAGUUUUUUGUCAGCAAAUGUGAGUCGUCAUAAUAUUAUCCAUAAGUUGAAGAUUGGAUUAGUGAAUAUGGAGGAUGAAGAUAUAAGUGAUUGGAAAUAUAUAAGAGGGGAAGAUAUCAAACAUAUAAAAUUCCAAAAAGCAUCGAAAAAUUUCGAAUGGAAAGAUUUGUUUCCGGAAUGGAUUGAUGAAGAAGAAGAAACUGAUAGUCCGACAUGUCCCGAGAUCCCCAUGCCGGAUUAUACAAGUUACGGUAAAUUUGAUAUGGUAAUGGUGAAGUUACCGUGUCGAUACCCAGAGGAGGGAUGGGCAAGGGAUGUUUUAAGGUUACAAGUUCAUUUGAUAGCAGCAAAUUUAUUGGUGAAAAAUGGGAGGAAAGAUGGAAACACUAAGGUGGUGUUUUUGAGUGAAUGUAGACCAAUGAUGGAAAUAUUUAGAUGUGAUGAUAUGGUUGUCAAUGAAGGAAAUUGGUGGUUGUAUAAACCAGACAUGGUUAGACUACAACAUAAGAUUUCCAUGCCUAUUGGUUCUUGCAGACUUGCUUUGCCUCUCUGGGGAAAAGGAAUAAAUGAUGUUUACAACCUAACCAAGCUCACAUUCGAUACCGGGAAACAGAGACGGGAAGCAUACGUCACAGUUCUCCAUUCAUCGGAAGCUUAUGUAUGUGGUGCUAUAACUUUAGCCCAAAGCAUUACUCGCACCGGUACGAAACGUGACCUUGUGAUACUAAUAGACGCAUCUAUAUCUCAACCAAAACGUGAUGCUCUUGCUGCUGCCGGAUGGAAAAUCCGUAUGAUAAAACGUAUUCGAAAUCCUAGAGCUGAGAAAGACUCGUACAAUGAGUAUAAUUACAGUAAAUUUAGAUUAUGGCAGUUGACAGACUACGAUAAGGUGAUCUUCAUUGAUGCAGAUAUAGUAAUAUUAAGAAACUCUGAUCUUUUAUUCAACUUCCCUCAAAUGUCUGCAACGGGUAAUGACGGUUCUAUUUUCAACUCUGGGAUCAUGGCGAUUGAACCAUCAAAUUGUACAUUCAAAAUUUUGAUGGAGAAACGGAAAGAAAUUAUUUCUUACAAUGGAGGAGAUCAAGGUUUUCUCAACGAAGUUUUUGUAUGGUGGCAUAGAUGGCCUAGAAGAGUAAAUUUCUUGAAGAAUUUUUGGGCUAAUACUACAUUGGAGUCGAGUGUUAAGAACCACUUAUUUGGUGCAGACCCACCAAAGCUCUAUUCCAUUCAUUUCUUAGGUAUAAAGCCAUGGUUGUGUUACAGAGAUUAUGAUUGUAACUGGAAUAUUGGCGAUCAACGGGUUUAUGCAAGCGAUGUCGCUCAUCGUAGGUGGUGGCGUGUUCAUGAUGCCAUGGACAAGAGUUUGCAAAAGUUUUGCGAGCUUACUCCUCGACGACGAAUUGAGUUAGAUUGGGAUAAAAAGUUGGCUAGAGGAAUGGGUUUGCAAGAUGAGCAUUGGAAGAUCAAUAUUUCAGAUCCUAGACGACAUGUUUAAUUGAUGAUUGUAUCUUUUCUUUUUUCUUUUUAAUAUUUGGUUCUCAUUAUUUUUUUUUAUCCAUUUUGAACAUUUGAUAGUGCCGCCGCAUUUGAUUUCCUGUAAUUUAUGUGUGAAUAGUAAAAAAAGAAAGUGAAAUAUAGAAUUCUUGUCGACGAA